GGCCAGAAGGUUUCUGGCGGGGCCGGCGCCAUCUUGCCGGAGCCUGCGACCGAGUGGGAGUGGAGCGGAGCGGCCGUUGUUGCCGACUCUUUCCUCCUCCCCACGGUCCAGUCAGCGGUGAUUAGGCCAUCGGCCCUCAAGCCGAGACUUGUCUCUUAUUUAGUUCUGGGGAGCGCCUGGCCGACAUGAGUGAUGUAGAGGAGAACAACUUCGAGGGCAGAGAGUCUCGCUCUCAGUCAAAAUCUCCAACGGGAACUCCUGCUCGUGUAAAAUCGGAGAGCAGGUCAGGAUCUCGUAGUGCAUCAAGGGUUUCCAAACAUUCAGAAUCUCAUUCUCGAUCAAGAUCAAAAUCCAGGUCGAGGUCAAGGAGGCAUUCUCAUAGACGUUACACUCGAUCCAGAUCCCAUUCUCACUCUCAUAGGAGACGAUCUCGAAGUAGGUCAUAUACACCAGAAUACCGGCGUCGAAGAAGCCGAAGUCAUUCUCCAAUGUCUAACCGGAGAAGACAUACAGGCAGCAGGGCAAAUCCAGAUCCCAACACUUGUCUUGGAGUGUUUGGCCUCAGUUUAUACACAACAGAGAGAGAUCUUCGUGAAGUAUUUUCUCGAUAUGGACCAUUGAGUGGUGUCAAUGUGGUUUAUGAUCAGCGAACUGGACGAUCACGAGGAUUUGCUUUUGUUUAUUUUGAAAGAAUAGAUGACUCAAAGGAGGCUAUGGAAAGGGCAAAUGGAAUGGAGCUGGACGGUAGAAGAAUUCGAGUGGAUUAUUCUAUUACCAAGAGAGCGCACACACCUACACCUGGCAUCUACAUGGGCAGACCAACUCAUAGUGGCGGUGGCGGUGGUGGCGGUGGUGGCGGUGGUGGAGGAGGUGGCAGGCGUCGAGAUUCUUACUAUGAUAGAGGAUAUGAUCGUGGGUAUGACAGAUAUGAAGACUAUGAUUACCGGUACAGAAGAAGAUCACCUUCUCCUUACUAUAGUCGGUACAGAUCACGAUCGAGAUCUCGUUCCUACAGCCCAAGACGCUAUUGAUAAACAGAAUGGUUGCAGAUGAGGACAUCUUUUUUUUUUUUUUUCGUGUGUGUGUGUGUGUGUGUGUGUGUGUGUUGGUUUGAUUUGGUUUUGGGUUUUUUGUUUGGUUUGGUUUUGGGUUUUGGUUUUGUUUUUUGUUUAAUUCUGGAUUUCCCCAAGCUUCUAAUCCUUCUUACUUCUUAAAAAGAAUCCUUAAAAAAAACAACAACAACAACUUUGGUUUAUUCACCAUCUACACUUUGUUGGUUGUAUUGCUCUUUCCACCCCUUUUAGUAUACUCUUAAAGAUGUAAUUGUUGUCAUUUUGAGCAGUUAAACAUCUUAAGAAUGAAAAAAGGAACCCCCAGUGUUAUGCUUUGUAGAUGAUUUUUAUUUCUUUCUUUUUUCUUUUUUUCCCUUUUUUCUUUCUUUCUUUUUUUUCUUUGCUUUCACAGAAAAUUAACUCCUGGCUAAUCAAAUGAGGAAAGAAAUUAUCUUUUUAAAGCUUCUUUUGUGUUAGUUAUUGUUAGACAUUGUAUUAGAGACCUCCAUUUACAACGAACUCCUUUUUUAACUUUCUCUUUUGGGGAAGGUAGUAAGUAACACAUAAAGUAGUUCAGUCAUGUCAAGUUUGGGGUGGCAUGGAGCAGUCAAAUAGUUGAGUGUCGAAAGUUUGAAGCUAUAGAAGAAAACUCUUGGUCAUUUCUUUUGAAGAAUGAAAUUUUUGAACCCUAAAAAUUACGUCAUUUUUUUUUUUAGAGAUGAAAAAGCUUGUGGACUCCUACAAAACAUGUAUUUAAAAUACAUCUGUUAAAUCUUAGUGUGAUUUUUGUGUUGAAUUUAUUGAAAUUUAAGUAUUCCCUUAAUCAGUGAAGGACAACUCAUUAUUUAUUACUUAGAGCAAUUGUAUACUUUGCUGUUAGAAAUUUAGGUAUUGGGGCAAUGGUUAAGCAGGCUGUUAUUGUAUAGUAUAGAGUCCUUAGAAGAUACGUGUGAGGAAAAGUCUCCUUUCAAAUAAAACUUAAUUUCUUUGAAAA